ACAGGAAGAUGGCCCCUGCAAUUCUUAUGAUAAUUGUCUUGAGCGGAGUUGUGGGUGUCUCCUCUCAACCUCCACCUUGUCCUCACGGUUGGACCAGCCGCGAAUCCUCCUGUUAUGCGUUUAUUAGUGACACCCCCGAAGAUUGGAUGACAGCGAUGUCAUAUUGUAAUGCUCUACAUGCAACAUUGGUGGAAAUUGAAACAGUUGCAGAGGACGAAUUUCUUCGCAUGCAUUUAUUAGACAGCAAAGCCACAGGUGGAUACUGGAUUGGACUCUCUGACAUUCUGGUGGAAGGAGACUGGGUUUGGACGUCUACUCAGACGAACCCAACGUAUAGCAAUUGGAAUCCUGGACAGCCGGACAAUGUGCAUCAUCAUCAGGACUGCGGACAGCUGUAUGGGCCCUAUAGGUUUCAUUGGGACGACGGUUUAUGCAAUACUGCCAACAACUUUAUAUGCGAGAAAGCAAUAAACGAAGAUAUUGAUGUCAUCGGUUGAAAUUCUCUAAUAUACAUAAAGAAGCAUUCAGUAUUUAUACUUUGAUAGUUCACUUAACUAUUUUGAGUGUCAGAUCUGAGAAAAAUAUAUUUUGUACAAU